ACAAUCAUUUUCGUUCAAGAUACUCGAGACCUCUCGUUUAGUCUUUUGGGCUUCAAACUUUUAGCCCUGGUUUAUGGGAAGAGCUGCUAUAGCCAAAUCUAAGAUUUUAAUGCUUAGGGGAGCAAAGGUAGUUGAGCGUUCUUUGAGCAAAAUAGCGGGCGCAGAUAAGGAGAUUACCAAGGACAGGAGAACGAAGGAUAAGGAUAUCAAAGAUUCGUCGUCCUGGGUUCCACAUCCGAAGAGUGGGAUAUACUUUCCAAAAGGCCAUGAAUGGGUGAUGAACGAUGUUCCAGACGACGCCGCUUCUUUGGGUUCGCCUUUUUGGCUCAGGAACGUUGAUGGUGUUGAGAAACCAGACCCUGACCAAGUUUCAAGUCAUCAUCACUAUUGCCAUGCAAAUAUGUGAGCCACGUAAUAUAUAGCUGAAACCAAAGUACCUUUAGCUUAAUGAACGAACUACUAUAGUAGGGAAGGUUUGUGAAUAAAUAUUGUGGCCUUAGCUGAAAUCAUCAGUUGCGUGCUGCUACAUGCAUCGACAGCAGGAAACAACUUAAUAGUGAAAGUAAAUUCAACUUUAAA